AUGAAGGAAAAAUUUUACCUUGCAUUUAAAAAUGAAUUGGAUUUGAUCCAAAAACUAUAGUUAUACCCAUUGCUAAAAUAAAUUACCAUAUGGACAGACAACUUAUUGGAGAAUUAAUAGCUUUCAGUACAGGAAAAAUUAUUAAAAGAACUGUCUAGUAAUUAAUAUAAUUUCGAGAGAAUUAUACAAGAUUGUUGUAAUAAUUUAGGAGAACAAAAUAAUUUGAAUCUUCUUUGUUUAUUAACAUUAGUUUUUGGUUUAAUUGUUCCAAUUAAAUUGAUUGAAGAUGAAAACAUUGGAUACAUUAUCGAAAGAUACUAUUGUACAAUAUUUUAUUAUUAUAAAUUUAGGCUAACAUUCAAACACCAUCAAAUUAUUGGUUUCUUUGUUCAAAAAAUUUAGAUUCAAUAAUUUAUUGAUUCUUUUACCUACUAUUUAUGACUAAGAAAUCAAUUAUGUUACAUAAUCAAUCAAGAUUAAUUUAUUUGAUAGAACUUAUGUGACAAUUUAGAAUUUAAUUCAAGAAUAUAAAUAAAAUGUAUGAUGUAUCAAUCAUUUAUUAGAAAUAAUAAGAUUUCUUUGCUUAAAUUAUUUAGUAAUCUUAAGACUUAGAAAUAUAUUCAUCAAAUUAAAUGCAUUUAUCUUUAAUAAAAUAAAUAAAAAAAUUCAUUGAAUAUGAAAUAUAAGAAUUUGCAGAUAAAUAUGUGGAUCUAGAACUAAAUGAUUAUUAUGAUUCAAUUUCAGUGUUUAAAAAUGUCAAAGUGGUUAGAAAUAAAGAAGACUUGGUGAAUAGAAAAUUAUUCAUAUAAAAUGAAUUGAUACAUGUUCCUGAAGAUGAAUCUAUAGAAUAUAAAGAGAUGAUCAAUUUAGAAGUAAAAAAUUAGUUUAUUGUUAAAAAAACUGUUACUGCAUUUAUGAACUAGAAAGGAGGAGCUUUAUUCAUUGGAAUUAAAGACUCAUUCUUAGUAAGAGGGUUUUAUAUUGGAAAUAAUAUUUAUUAUUUUAGGUAACUACUUUGGGAAGAAUGCUUAGAUAUGAUUCAUCCAAAUUUAAUAGCCGAUAAAUAGAUACACGUGGAACUAAUACCAGUCUAUUCAUAUGAAGGAAUUCAACUUGAGGGAUAUUACAUAAUUAAAAUAGAAUUAAUUAGAGAAUAAAAUUCUAUAUAUGUUUAUACCUUUGGAGAAUUGAUUGAACAUCAUUAAUAAUGUGAAGCUAUAUUUUGUUUUAAAAGAUAUGGAAAUAAAUCAAAAGCUGUUAGACAUAAUCAUUUAAAAUAAUUAAUUAAAAUUCUUAAUUACAAUCAAAAUAUGUUAGAUUAUGAUAGGAAUGGAAGAAACCUUUUUAUUGAAGGUAGAAUGAAAAAUUAAAGAUUUACAAAUUAAUCUUCAAAAGAAAGAUUCAAUGAAAAUUAAAGUUAAUAUAAAAAAGAUUUAUAAAUAAAUAAUCAACUAUUAUUAUAGAGGAAAUCAAGUGAAAAUCUAGAUGAAUAUUCAUAAUCUUAUCCAAAUAUUGAUUUGGCAAAUUUUAAUUUUCAAGUUGAUUAUUCAUUGAAUUAAAUUCAAGAAUGGAAAAGUUGGAUUGUUUUUCGCAAAUUGAAAUCAAAUUUUUUUAAUUAAUUGAUCAACAUAUUAAAAACACUUUAGGAUAUUUAUGUUCAAGAUAUAUUGAAAUAUAAGUUGUAUUUAAAAAUAAAAAGUUAAUAAAUUAAAUUAAAAAAAAUUAGGCUAACUAAAAAAUUAAUUGUUAUUAGAUUAAUAUUAAUAAUUUAGAAAAAUAAAUUAUUAGAUAUUGAGACAAACGCUAACAAAAAAAAAGGUUGGCUAAUACGUGGUUGUAUUAAUUAUAAAAAUAAACCUUAUAGAUGA